CUGGGCUUCAGAGAAAAUGAAAGUCCCGCCAACCACUACUGGUGUCCACUGGGCUCCGACAGGCAACGGUAUUUUGAUUGUUGACCUUACCGCGGGAGGACCCGGAGCGCCGCUUUCACCCUACAAAGUAGUCGCUUUCCCUCUCUCGAUACGCUCCAUCGAGGCCACGCAGAGGCCCACGAACUUGUAUCACCCCGACGCAAUCCACUUUCUUCU